AUGGUAUACACUAUCGUCGUUCAUCUUCAAUCCCUGCCCGACAAAGUCGAGGAAGUCAAAGCUAAGCUUAUCGAAGCUGCAGCAGUGUACAGAAAGGAUCAAGAGACCCUUGAUUGGCACGUCAUGCAAGAUCCCAAGGACGCUACCAAGUUCUGUAUCGUUGAGAGGUACGAGAAGGAGUCUUCGCAGGAAUACCACUUGAAUAACCCUACGUUCGAUCCUUAUGUCGUACCUAGGUUGGCGAAACCUAUGGACUUGACGAGAUGGGAGGAGAUGUAA